GGGUUUUCUGUAAAAAAAAUUAUAAUAUAAUCAUUUUUUUUACAAUUUAUUUUCAUUUUUAAACAAUAUAAUCAAUAAAUAUCCAUAUAUAUAUAUAUAUAUAUAGAUACAGAAAAAAAGGAAUGGGUUGUUUCCCUUGUGCAGGGGGAGAUUCUUCAACAAAAAAAUCAUCAUCAAAGAAAAAUAGAAAUAAUAACACCCGAAAGGAUCAAUCAAAUACCAAAGCUUCUGAUACAAUAAAAGUCGAACGGGCUAAUGAAGUGAAGAAGGAAAAUGUACAAAAUGUCAUUCAACCACCGGUUUCAAACGAGUCUGUUGAGAAGAAUAAGCCCCCAGAAGAGGGAGGCUCUAUGAGUAAAGCUAGAACGUUCACAUAUGCGCAAUUAGUGAGUGCAACCGAUAAUUUUAAAGCUGCUUAUUUCUUGGGUGAGGGUGGAUUUGGUAAAGUCUACAAAGGAAAACUUGAGGAUUCUGAUCAGAUUGUCGCUAUAAAGCAGUUGGAUCGUGAUGGGUUGCAAGGAAUUAGGGAAUUCGUUGUUGAAGUUUUGACAUUAAGCAUGGCGGAUCAUCCUAAUCUUGUAAAAUUAAUCGGCUAUUGUGCUGAAGGAGAGCAAAGAUUAUUGGUCUAUGAGUACAUGCCAUUAGGUUCUUUAGAAGAUCAUUUGCAUGAUCGCCGGCCCCACAGAAAACGGCUUGAUUGGAACACUAGAAUGAAAAUUGCGGCUGGUGCAGCUAGAGGGUUAGAGUAUUUGCAUGACAAGAUGAAUCCACCUGUUAUAUAUAGAGACUUGAAAGGUUCUAACAUUUUGCUAGGAGAGGAUUUCCAUACCAAAUUGUCUGAUUUCGGACUAGCAAAAGUGGGUCCACUUGGAGACAAAACUCAUGUUUCAACCCGAGUAAUGGGCACUUAUGGGUAUUGUGCUCCUGAUUAUGCUAUGACGGGCCAACUUACAUUUAAAUCAGAUAUUUAUAGCUUCGGGGUCGUAUUAUUGGAGCUCAUUACGGGUAGAAAAGCAAUAGAUAAUACAAGAUCUGCAGCAGAGCAAAAUCUUGUUGCGUGGGCACGACCAUUAUUUAAAGAUAGGAGGAAGUUUUGGCAGAUGGCAGAUCCGGUGCUAGAAGGUGAAUAUCCUGUGAGAGGACUAUACCAGGCAUUAGCAAUAGCUGCAAUGUGUGUCCAAGAACAACCUAAUAUGAGACCACUCAUUGCUGAUGUUGUCACUGCUCUCAAUUAUCUAGCUUCCCAAAAAUAUGACCCGUUAACCAACCCUGUUCAAAAUUCCCGGAGGUCUUCCCGUGGACAAAGAUCCACUGAUGAGAAAAAACCCGACAUGUAAAGUUGGAGGCUUAGUUUUGUCGUGUUCAUAUGAAAAGGGCGUUCGGUGUAUUUUUUGGCACCGUAACGAGUUGUGACAAAAACUUUUGAGUUUUCUUGAUUUAGGAUAGAAAGGUUUAGAGGAAUAAUGAAAUUAUAUAUGAUAUUUCUCUUCUUUUUGUUCAGUUAAAUAUGCAAAAUUUGAUCAAAA